CCGGGGACUCCGUAUACUUCCGCGUUGACACGUCACGUGACGCCAUUGCGCAGCAGGGCCGUCGGGCUGGGGAUGUUCUGGUGAAGCAUUCGGUAGCCGCCGCCCACCACCACCACCACGGGGCACCACACCGGGAGCAGGCGGCGGCCCCUGCAGCGCUCUCAGGGGGCUGCUCCUGUAGGCCGCGGCGGAAGGUGGCGGGGCGGGGGCGCAGCAAAUGGUUGGCCCGGAGGAUGCCGGCGGCCGCUGCGGGGAGAACGUGACCGAGGAGGGGGAAGAAGCGGAGGAGGAGGAGAGCGGCCCGUACAGCAGCGCUCCCGGCAUGAGGCUGACCAACGGGGACCUGGGCUACCUCCCCCAGCCCCCAGACCUCAAGCUGCCCAACGGCGGAGUGAGCCCGGCCUGCGCCUAUCACCGGCAGUGCUGCUCCGUUCCGGCCCCGGUGUCUGUCAGCUCGUCCAGCUCCGACUCCUCCCCGCUCAGCGCUCACACGGUAGCCGGUUACUUCGUCUCUGCCGAGGCUGAUCGUUUCCGUUUCCUGGAUGUCACCCUAAGCUCCCGGAAUACGUACGAAGUGAGCCGGCGGCAGAGCGCCCCCGACCACCUGGCGGACGGACUGAGCCUGGCCGAGGGGGGCGGCCCGGGGACCGACGAGAACGAUGGGGACCGCACCUGGAGGGUGGGCAUCGCCGACUUCUUCACCAGGAACUUCUUUUCUAAAAGAUCAAAGGACCUGAAAUCACCAGCAGCGAGCGCUCCCGGCUGGAAACUGUUUGGUAAAGUUCCUCCUAGAGAGAAUGCUCCGAAAGACUGUAAAAUCAUUCAGCAGGAUGACAGUUCUGGCAGUCUCUCUUCAGUCUCCACGCCAAAUCUAUUAAACACAGGGGAAUAUGAAGCACGUACUGGGAGAACAUGCAAAGCCCCAAACCAAUCCACAAGACGUAAAAAAUUUGAGAUUGAACCACUCUCUACCACAGCUCUGAUCUUAGAAGAUCGACCUGCAAAUCUUCCAGCUAAAUCUGUUCAUGAAACCUUGCGCCACCGACAGGAGUAUGAUGAGAUGGUAGCGGAAGCGAAGAAACGAGAAGUUAAAGAGGCACAAAGAAGAAAGAAGCUAAUGAAGGAGAGAUUUAAACAAGAGGAAAAUAUUGCGAGCGCCAUGGUUGUCUGGAACACUGAAAUCUUGCCAAACUGGGAUGCUGUGAGAAAUACAAGAAGAGUUCGAGACCUUUGGUGGCAAGGCUUACCACCCAGUGUUCGUGGCAAAGUGUGGAGCCUAGCUAUAGGAAAUGAGCUGAAUAUUACACCUGAGCUUUAUGACAUCUUCCUCUCUAGAGCGAAGGAGCGCUGGAAAAGCUUCAGUGAGACAACAUCCGAAAAUGAAUCUGAAGAUGCCGGGAUUUCGGUCGCGGACAGAGAAGCCAGUCUAGAGCUCAUUAAACUAGACAUCUCCCGAACAUUCCCAUCACUGUAUAUUUUCCAAAAGGGGGGGCCGUAUCAUGAUUUGCUGCACAGCGUUCUGGGGGCCUACACGUGUUACAGACCAGAUGUUGGCUAUGUCCAGGGCAUGUCCUUCAUCGCAGCAGUGCUCAUUCUUAACUUGGAAGAAGCUGAUGCAUUCAUAGCCUUUGCUAAUCUUCUCAAUAAGCCAUGCCAGUUGGCCUUCUUCCGGGUAGAUCACAGCAUGAUGCUGAAAUACUUUGCAGCGUUUGAAGUAUUCUUUGAAGAGAAUCUCCCCAAGCUUUUCCUGCACUUCAAUUCCUACAGUCUUACACCAGACCUCUACCUGAUAGACUGGAUAUUCACUCUGUACAGCAAAUCGCUGCCUCUUGAUCUUGCCUGUCGAGUGUGGGAUGUGUUCUGCAGGGACGGAGAGGAGUUCUUGUUCAGGACCGCUCUGGGAAUCUUGAGACUGUAUGAAGAUAUCCUUUUACAGAUGGACUUUAUUCAUAUAGCACAGUUCCUCACAAAACUGCCUGAAGACAUUACGCCAGAGAAGCUCUUCGGCUGUAUAGCAGCUAUUCAAAUGCAGAACAGUAAUAAAAAGUGGACCCAGGUAUUCACAUCACUAAUGAAGGAUUACAAAGAGGGUGACAAAAAUAGUCCUGCAUCGAAAACCUAACCAAUGGGAUGACUUUCUGACUACACGAAACCACUCUAACAAGCAGAGGGUACACACUGUGUCCCAGGAUUGAGAACCACUACAGACAAGUAUGACCUGAGAAUCCCCCCUAGGGAAUUGCACAUGAACGUCCCCGCAGACCGCUCCUUCUCUUGUCAGUAUUAAGAAUUAAACCCACAUCUGUGUGUUUGUUUUUUGGAGGACACUUUAUUUUUUUUUUAAACUACAUGGAUACUAUUUAAUAUACAAACAAAAUAUUUAAUGCAAUAAACCUUUGUAUUGGAACUUUUACUUGGUACACUAAGAAAAAGAAAAAUGCACUUUUUGUUUUCCCUUUCGGUAACCGUGCAGAUCCUUCUACCCGACACCACCUGCAGUGUGAACCCAACAUAUUGGUACCAAUAGAUACAGUAAACACAUGUGCGAUCCACUCUACAGAGGACCAAACUCAUGUCUCUAUGUGGGCCUAAUGGCAGGUUCUGUAACAUCAGCCGGCUACAGAAGGGAUGGGGUCCAAAUGUCCCAGGAAAGUAGGUUCUUCAUGUAUGUACUCCUCUCGCCGGCAGUCACUCCAAGCACUGACUCCUCGACAAUGAGGUCACUCAUUGGUGAUGUUUUUGUUUAACUCUGUUACAGUCACAUUUCCUUUAUAUAAAUCUGUAUUCCACAGCCAACUUCUUGGUAAAUGGGAAAGAAAGCACAUUAUUUGAUUUUUUUAGGAACCUCCUGGUGAAACUGAAGUGCUGGGUCACGUUUGGUGUCGGCCCUGAGCCGGGGAUUUGUUGUCCCCAUACAAAGUGUUAAACUGUUUAGUUUUACAAGGAGAGUUCCCUUAGCCCAGUGUUUCCCAACCAGGGUGCAUCCAGCUGUUGCAAAACUACAACUCCCAGUAUGCCUGGACAGACAAAGGCUGCUGGGAGUUGUAGUUUUGCAGCCCUGGUAGGGAAACACUGCCUUAGCCUAUGUCAGCAGUGCUCAAUGUUAUCACUUUCUGUAUUACCGAUGUAUUUUUACUUGUUUAGUACCAGGUUUAUUACCUUUAGAUUUACAUAAAAUCAAGUGGACUUUUUAUAGGAUUGUUUUGUUCAGUAUAUUGAGCCUUAUUCACAAACCUGUUGUCAAAAAUCUAGUAAGAAAUACUGAUUUAACGCCGCCCUGAAAUAUCAUUUUAAUCAGGUUCUAUGGGUUCUAGUAAUAAAAUGUAAGAGACUUCAGUCAUAAAGAUAAAAAUCCAAUUGCUGUGCUCCAGAUCUACAUCAUUCUUUGGCAUCUCAUCAGAACUGUUUUUAUCUGGUAUCCAAGUCCAGAAUCUGUGGACAAAGUCUGGAAAUAUUCCUGAAAUAUUGUGAUGAUCUCCAAGCAUCAGCACAAAACACAGGAGCCAGAACAACUUUCAUAUUUGCACAGAUGUAUAAAGGUUUAUUUAGUAUUUUUGUACAAUGCACCUAAUUCGGCCAUUGGGACAGCAGUGAGUUCACACACUCCCUUUCAGCAGUCCCCAUCUCUGCAGUCCCAUGAAAAUUAGGAGCUUAAAGGGAUACUCCGCCCCUGGACAUCUUAUCCCCUAUCCAGGGACCCCCACAAUCUCUCCUGCAGCACCCCCUGUCAUCUGCUGCAACUUCGCUCUGUGCCUGAUGAUGGGCGAUACAGGGGCCAUGAGUAUCAUGUCAUGGCUCCGCCCCCUUAAUACAAGUCUAUGGGAGGGGGUGUGGCAGCUGCCACACCGUUUCCCAUAGACUUGUAUUGAGGGGGCGGGCGGUGAUGUCACAUGGGGGCGGGGCGGUGAUGACAUGAUACUCCUUUGGAUAGGGGAUAAGAUGUCUAGAAGCGGAGUACCCCUUUAAGGAAAAUAUAGUCUUAGGCCGUUUGCAGAUGAUCCUAAAAUAGCCGCAUUUCUGUGUUCAAAUAGCCUCAAGUUUCAGCCCGUUUCAGAUCUGGUGACCUGAACUGAAAGAAUCAUAGAUUCCUGUGAUACUGUCAGUGCCGUUCAUUAGACCUAUGGUAGCAAGAUCGGGCCGUGAAGCUGUAAACACAUAUCUGACACCAUUUUGCCUCACCAUACUGAACAUGCCUGUUUAUGGGGCAGUUGGUGUUGAUAUUUGUUAAAGGGGUACUCCGCUGCUCGGCGUUUGGAAGAUACUGUUCUGAACACUGGCGCCGGGAGCUCGUGACAUCAUAGCCCUGCACCCUCAUGACAUCACGCCCCGCCCCCUCAAUGCAAGUCUAUGGGUUUUCACGCCCUCUCCCAUAGACUUGCAUUGAGGGGGCGGGGCUAUGAUGUCAUGAGCUCCCGGUUCCAGCAUUCGGAACAGUUUAUUCCAAACGCUGAGCAGCGGAGUACCCUUUUUAAGCCACCAACUGUCUUAUGUGUAUGACCAGCUAAAGAUUUUCUGGAUUUUUGAAUAAGGCCCAUAAUCAUUCUGUCUGUCUGUGAUGACUAUAUUUUGUAGGUAUUAUCCAUAUAAGAAGAAAUAACCUGCUAACAAUGUUACAGUCCUAUCUGUUACUAGUAAUGAAUGUCUUCGUGCUAAGGGCAUGUUCACACAGGUUGUUUUUGAUGUGGACUUGCAGUUACACUUUUUUUCAGGUGAUCUGCUUGAAAAUGAAUGACUGGACAUGGCAUAUUUUCCUUGCAGUUCCGCUCUGAAGCUCCAAUUUAAAAUAAGUGGAACCUGCAGGACAGUCCCCCUCCCCCUACUGACUGCGGCUUGGAGAAAGCCAUGGCACAGCACUGUUCACUGGUGAGGUUUUUGCCCAUGUGCACAUGCCCUAACUGUUAUUGUAUAUAUUGUAAGGCUGUGUUCACAUCACGUUUUGUGUCUCCGCGACACAGAUCUGGCUUCUAAAGCUGAAACUGGCUGCAUUCGUAUCCUCGCUCGGAUCAACCUGAACCCCAUUCAGUUCUAUGACCCGAACUGAGUCACUGGAUGCCACCAAGGGGCAUUUUCUUACUGUAUCCUACUUUUGGCUUAGACUGAAAAUCGUGGUCUGCCGUAUUAAGUCCGUACCAGAAGUCUGAUACAGUCUUAAAAUGACCUGAACAGAGUCACUAGGUAACACAGAACAUGAUGUGAAUGCAGCCUCACACAUCAAGCUGGGUGUGCAGACGGCAUCUGCCAGAAGAGGUCGCUUUAUUCUUUAGGGUCUUUAAGUCGUCUAACUUCAAGAGGCUGUGAGAAGGUACUCUUAAAUCAAGAGCAAUUCACGCCGAAAAAUUUACGAGCGGAAAAAAAGAAUUUUAUUUUCGCGCAAAAUUGGCGUGGAAGUGCGUGGAAAUGGGGGAGAAAGAAGUGAAGAGUUUUUCAGCCAUUUCCGCGCAAAUUCGCGUGAAAACAAUGUUGGGUGGAAUUUUUUUUUACCAUUGACUUCUAUUGAUUUCUGCUAGCGGAUUCCACUUGAACAAUGAACAUGUUCUUUCUUCAAGCACAAAGGAGUGCAGCGUCGGAAUUCCGCUAGCAGAAUUUCCGCAGUGGGAACAGGACAGCAGAAAUAACAUUAAAGUCAAUGGGCAGAGGAGAUGUGAAUUAAUUUGUAGCGGAGAAUUCAAGAGGAAUUACUCGAGUAAAUUCCUCUUGAAUUACUCGGUGUGAACCUACUCUUUCUUACACCCAUGUCAUGAGAUGUAAGAUGUUGUAUGUGCUCCUGCUCUGCAGCGGCUUUGUUCUAUAAAUACUAAAAGAAAUACUUUUAUAAUUUUUUUCACAUAAGAUGGUUUUAUUUAUUUUUUUUCUCCACAGUUGU